AUGCCUGGACGCAAUACUCCAGAUGUGAUCUCACAAAUGCCUAGUACAAAGGCACUAUUACUCUGGACUCCUUUGAAGCAACUGUGCGAGGCAAUUGGUACAGUUCUUGCUGAGUUGGGUGAUGCCCCCGACUCCGAAGGCUCAGAAAGUCAACCCGGACAAACUGAGACUACAUCCUCACCAUCGGUCCCUUCUAAUCGGGCGUCCACCUAUUCACCAAAUGCAAGCGCAGAUACUUCCGGGCCCAAGAGUAUUCCCACUACACCAGAAUCCGCCAAACCCGACACGGACGGGGCGGAUAAGACAUUACAAGGAAAUAACUACUUGCACAGUUUGAAAAUAAUUAUAACACAAACGCCCAAAGUGGAAGCGGAAAUUAUGAAAGAACAUAAAAUUUUGAGAGGACUGACCACUCAGGAAGCUGAAACAGAACUCCUCUCACGUGCCUCACAACUCAUCACCUAUGGAAUUGAUCCAUUCCCUGUCCGGCCUUUGCACAAAGUGAUCAUUCCCAGUGCCACCUCCUCCACUUCGAGUACGAACGAAGCUGGGGACCAAAUGCACACGGAAACAAACGCGUCAGCAACCACAAAUACGACCACAACACACGGGACACCGGUGUAUCUGCCCAAAGGAACCGCUUUUUAUAUGGGCAUCACCGGGACUGGUUUGGUGACAUUUGUCGGUCUGCAACGCAAUCAAGAAUACCACUGGGACCAGAUACAACGUGUGGGUUGCGACGGGGAACGGUUUUUGGUUUAUUUGAAAAAAGAUGAAAACAAAUCCAAUGUGCUCACAUUCCAUUGCGAAUCAAAAGCUGCCGCGUUGGCAUUAUGGCGCUGGACUGUGGAUCGGAAGUGUUUCUUUACGUUGAAACAGGCAAGCGAAGCAAAACGAUUGCGUCCCACAUCGAACAUUUUCCAACGAAGCCACACCUACAGAUUCUCGGGUCGUUCACAACAGGAACUCACAUCCAUUCCUAUACGGAACACGAAGAACGACUUUGUACGUCGGCUUCGCCCACCCCUGGAACUGCGGGAGGAGAACAGACCAUGCGAAAUAAUUGAACCACCGGCUGAAGCAGUCACUUCAGCGGAGAAUAUGAAAGCGGCCGUUAUUAUCCCAGAUACGGUAAUCGAACAGCCCGCUGAAGAAGAAUCUGCAACUGCGGUGAUCUCGGAGCACAAAGCGGAAGAGAACAAGAUUGUUGAGGAGGAUCCACAGCCACAAGUGAUCGAGCCGGAAGUCGAAGAACCGCAGAUACAGGCCACUCAAAUGCCUCCCCAAUUGACCUCGGUGGAAAUACCCAAAGCCAGAUCUGAAUCGGAGACCACAGUUCAAACGGUGGAAAAGAAAAAGGUUGAGGUGAGUUUUGAUUGA